AAUAUGUAUUAAUGAUGCUAUAACGAGAUAAGUUGUAACUUUUUUAAUCUUACAAAAUAUCUGGUUCUUUUAUGUGAUGGUUAAAUACAUAAUUUCAAGUGAAUUAUAGAGAAGGUGUUCCAAGGUCAGGAAUCUUUCGAAAACUUAGAUCUGUAUAAUGUUAUAUUUCUCGUAAUUAGACCAUUCUUCUGCAUUUAGGAGCAAAUUACGAACAAGCCGAGAAACAUCUUUGUAUGGACAAUUUUUCAGCAAGGACAAUGAAGCUGAAGCACAUUUUCCCGAAGUCUCGGUCUGGAAUUGUGGCCUCUGCAUUUCUGGUUGGAAUUUUACCAACAAUAUAUUUUUAUGAACUGUUAGUCGUUCUGCCUACUGUGCAUCCGGGGUUAUCGUCAACAUGGGCUUAUGUACAUAUAUUUUGUGGAACUGCCCUCUUCAUAAAUUGUGUCGGAAGCAUCUGGAAAAUGAUGACAGUUGAAAUCACAUGUAGGGGUCACAUGUUACCAAGUGUUUUGAAGCCUGGCUGGCGCUUCUGUUAUGUUUGUGAACACAAUGCACCACCAAGAUCUAUGCACUGCAGUGAAUGUGAUACAUGUGUGCUCACAAGGGACCACCACUGCCUCUUCACAGACAGUUGUGUUGGACAUUCCAAUAAGCGUUACUACAUGAACUUCCUAAUUACGUUAUGUAUUGGCGCUAUCUAUUGUAACAUUAUGAACUUUGACUACACUUGGCAUAUUAUUGGAGGUAUUUCCUUUAAGUCUGUCUUCACAAUGCUAUUACCAAUGCUUACCUGGUUGCUUGGGUAUGCGGAAUCAUUCACAUUCAGUGUUGCAUUCAUGUCUGCGCUCUGUGUUGUGGGCUGUGCCUUAUUACUAGUUUUAUGCACCUACCACCUUAUGUUAAUACUCAAUGGACAAACGGUGUACGAGAAAGCCAAAAAUAUACGAGACUUUGACUUGGGCUGGAAGAAGAACAUAAUUGAGGUAUUUGGAGAUCAUUGGUACAUCGCAUGGAUUUCACCAUUCAUUCCUUCAACUUUGCCUUCAAUUGGAAUCGAACCACCAAAAAGAACACGUUAUGAAGACUUGAAGGACAUGUAAUAUAGAUGUUUAUUGUAAUGCAACUAUCUCAGGAGACCAGCGACCAGGUAUCCUUUUUGUAACAGUUGUGGCUUACUCUUUGGACUUGUGAGAGAAUUGAAUCAGUCCAUACAUGUACUUACUAAGUUUCAAAGUCAACAUUAAAUUGCAUACAGUAUAGGAUCAGGAUCACAGUCCUGAUUUUGGAAGAUUAAUGAUUAAUUAUUAUUAACAUGACACUGAUGUAGCAGUGAUGCUGCAAGUGAAUGAUAAUAUUAAGACAGACUGUGAUUAUUAUACAAAGCAACUUUGCUUUUACAUGGCUUUACAAUGGAUGUGUCAGUGGAUAACAUUAUACGUUCACAUUAUGUGCUAGCUGAACUUUAGAGAAUAUAUGAUCAAUAAGGAGUCUCUCUUUUUAAGUAUAAAUCAGAUAGAGGAUGACAUAAAAGAAUACAAACCUAUUUUCAGGGAAUAAUUAUCCUGAUUUUCAUGGAAUCUUGAUGAAUUUUCAUGUGUAGGUAGCGUGGUCAAUAUAGGAAACAUUGGUCAAGGCAUGCUGUCACUCCAAAUCACUCAAAAUACAAGACUAUUCCAGUCUUGUCAAUAUUUAUUGAGCUAACAAGGAGCUGGCUAGAUUGAAACAUUAUUUCUCACAGUUGCAAAGUCAAUCAUGAUAUGUAGUGGAGCAACGAUUGACUCGUGGACUCGAAUACUACUCGCCAAACCCUGUAAAUACGAUUCAUCGAUUGGUAAAUUCUGACUCGAAUUGAAAAAAAAAUGAAAAAAAUGAUGAAGAAAAUGUGAUUUACCCACCUUUCAACCGCAAUUUACGUAAAAAAACACAUCCAAUGUACAACAUUUCUGUACAAUGUUUAACAAUGAUGCCUUCCUUAAUAUAUAGCAUUGUAGUUUGAUACCUUAACUGAAAUAAUAAAUCAAAUACGAUAGGCUUUCUCGUGUUUGUUUUUAUUUAUUGAUUACAUCCGGUUGCGCAUGUGCAAUGCAAUAUUUAACGAGGUCAAACCAAUUAGCGUAAAUUGCUAAAUUUUACUCGAGUCUCUAGCUUACAGCUAGACGAAACUUCAUUGAUUUCGUAUGU